AUGAAUUCACAAAAUUCAGAACUCAAUAAUCAUAAUUACUAUGUACAAAAGAGUUCUCAAGCACCUAAUAAUCAGUCGACUUUAAUAAAUAUAUUGGAACAUAACCAAAACAGAGUUCCGCUAAAUCAAUAUCAACCGCACUAUUCUAAUUACAACAAUGUCGGUUCUCCCGCUUAUUCACAAAAUUAUAAUCAACAGGCAUCCCCGAAUAUAAUAAAUAGAGCUCCUGUUAAUCAAAUGCCAAUGGGAAUUGAUAAUAUACGAAAUCGACAAAAUCUCUAUCUAGUUACAAAUGACAGCUUAAAUAAUCAAUACGUCGAAAGGAAUGAUAAUGAUAAGUAUAUGUACAGUGCAAACCCACAAAAUAUAUCGCAUAACUAUCAAAGAAGAAUUUCUCAAGAAGAGAAUUCAUUUGGAGUUCAUCUUUUAGCAAAUCAAUUGCCCCAAAAUAAUAUUCGAUAUCCAUCUGAAUCUACUCUACCUAGGACACAAUCUUCGAAUUUCAAAAUAAUUGGAUUUGGUAAAAAUUUAAUUAAAAGAAAAUCGAAUAGUAUUGAUUAUUCAAGUAAACUUAAUAUAUCUGAUAAUAAAAUAAAUGCACGACAAAAGAGAAAUAAAUGGAAGAUUGAAGAAGACUGCGCUUUGAUCGAGGUACUUCUUGAAAAUUCUAACUUAUUAACUUUUGUUGAAUAUUAUAAACCAAUGAAAAGAUUUUGGGUCAAAAUAUCUACACUGUUGAAACAAGAACAUUCAUUUGAACGAAAUAGUAGACAGUGUAAUGAUCGAUUUAAAGUUCUUAACUCAAGAGCAUCCAAACUGGAUUAUACUAAAAUUGAAUCGGACACGACAAAAUCAGAAAAUACCAUAAGAUUAAACAAUUUACAAAUACGAUUACGAAACACUUAUGGGUUUUCUAAUGGGAAUAUUGUACUGAAAAAUCAUAAAACCUUAUCUCAGAUAGACAGCGGUGAUUCAACUCAACUUCAAAUGAAUAAAGAAGGUAAUUUGCACUUAGAUGAAUCGGAUAGUCAUAUUAGAUCAUAUUAUAAAGAUCCUUCAAAUUUUUUACAACCAUUACGUGAUACUUCAAAAAAUAACGAAAAGGAAGUUACUGCUAUUUUGACUUCUAAUAAGCAAAAAAUAACUAAUAUGAUUAAUGAUUUAAUUUCCUCACAAGAUGCAAUUUUUCAAAUGGAAAAACAAAAUAUCGAUCAAUUACGAUUAGGUGUAGCAACCUCAAUUAAAGGUGUGGAACAAUUGGUAACACUAGCAUUAAAUGAAAUUUGCAUGUAUAAAGAUUUAACAGUGAAAAAAAUGACCGACUUAGAGAACAUCCUUUCAUCAAUUCAAUCAAAUUUUGUAAACCAAAAUGAGAAUUCAUUAAAAUCAAAAACAAAAACAAAAUUGAAAACAAAGAGCAAAACUAAAAUUAAGACUAAGACUAAAACUAAAUUAGUAACAAAAACAAAACCAUCGAUAAACAAGGAUACUAUUACUUCUGACGAACAAAAAUCGGUUAAAAAAGAAUACAAAUGUAAACCAAUGUCCAUCUCAAAAAUUGUAUUAAAUAAUGAACCUGAAUCACAUAAACAAUAA